AUGAUGUCCAUUUCUUUCGACUCAAUCCCAGUAAUUUGCAUCGUUUCCUUUUCCCUUUAUUACGUGCUAUCAUUGAUUUAUCCAAAAUCUCAAUUACCAAUACUCAUCACUACAUUUGUCUUCACCAAUAUGGUUUCUAGAACAUCAUUGUUCAAAUCGUUGACACAUUCGGCUCUGAGAAGUAUUAAACUGGGUAUACCCAGUUUGGCCAACUUACCAACAUCGUCUGGUGCCAACUAUUCAAAGUUUCAAAGUCUCAAUAAAGAUCAAAAAAUUGAAGUGUUAUCAGCUAUCAAAUCUUUAAAGAGUUACCAGUUUCAUGCCCAAGAUGUGAAUGAAAGGAGAAAGCUGUUAUUUACUCAUUUGGCAUCAAAGCAGCAAUCCGUAGCAAAAGAUGUUGGCUAUUGGAAAAAGUUGGAAUUGAUUGACAAGGCAAUCGAGAAGAAUCAAAACUUUGUUGAUGCUGUUGGUGAUUUCACCAUUGAAAAAUAUGGCGUAUCCUUAAAAGAUUUUGAUUUGAUUGAGAAUGCCAAAGGGAGUAUUGCAAGCGGUAACAACUUUAGAGUGAUUGAAGCUUUGGGUCACUACACCCGUGAUUGGACCACGGGACUGCUUAGCCCUGAGUUGAGACCCAUAUUUGAUUACGUUGCGUCACAAUUGGAAUUAGCAAUAAACUUCAAACAAAAGCAUGAUACUGUCUUGGUAUUUCCUGGUAGUGGGUUGGGUAGGUUGGCUUAUGAAUUCAGUAAAUGGGACUACGGAGCAGUUUACUCUAUCGAAAAUUCUGGAUUGAUGAAUCUGUUUGUUGGAUACAAUUAUGGCAGACAAACAAAGAAACUGCACACUAUUUAUCCCUAUAUCCAUACUAGCUCGGACUAUUAUAAUACUGAAUCGCAAUUGAGAACGUUUGAAUAUGAGCCAAUUGGGGAAGUCAAUAAGCCAAAAAACUUGCACAUUGUGAACGAAGAUUUUACCAAAUUUGAAAUUCCCAACAGGGACAAAUAUAAAAAUGUUGUUGUUGUAUCUGUUUUCUUUUUGGAUACAGCUGAGAAUUUGUUUACUUACUUGGAGACAAUAGAGAAAUUAGCAAAACCUCUGGGUAAUGUUGAAAGAGGCUACUGGAUAAAUGCUGGUCCAUUAAAGUAUGGCUCGGCAGCACAAGUCGAAUUUAAUGCAGAUGAGUUGAAAGAAGCACGUAAGGCAUUAGGAUGGGUAGAUGAACAAGAAGUUUACACUAUAUGGGAUCCUUUAUCGGUUGGGAACAAAACAGGAUUGGUAGGUUACUUGACAGACAAAGAGAGCAUGUGGCAGGGUUAUUAUGGGUUGAAUUUAUUUACAACUUCAAGGAAAGAGAAUAAGCUGUACAGAGUAUAG